CCCCCCCUCGCUCUAACGCACACACAUACACAUACGUAUACUCACACACACUCACACACUUUUCAGACCCCUCCAAACAACCCUACUGUCCACCAUGACUUUGAGCGUCGACAUCCUGAACCCUUCCCCAGCACAUGAGGCAAAGACCCACAAACUCAAGCGCCUCGUCCAGAGCCCAAACUCCUUUUACAUGGAUGUCAAGUGUUCGGCCUGCCAGACUAUCACCACGCUUUUCUCCCAUGCUGACACUGUCGUUGCCUGCCCCAAGUGCAAAUCCGUCCUCUCCCAGCCCACCGGUGGCCUUGCUCGUCUCUCUGAGGGUGUCUCCUUCAGAAAGAAGCCGCAGUAAACUAUAAAUGGAUUUGAUUCGUCGACGAUCGGAUUCGUUUUGCAGCCUAGCGUAGGCAUCUUUUUGCUUAUUUAAUAAGAGCGUAGCUAUACCUUCCUCCGUUUCUGUCAUGUGCGGGACCAAAUUUUUUGGAGCCAUUGCAGAAAUCCGCACUUCUGGCCUUUGGUUACAGAUCACAAAGAAAAUAAACCACACUUCUUUGUUCAUGAAAUAUAUGUUCUUGAAUGUCGCAUUGAUCUGUGCAUUAGCGGAAUUCAGAGCCGACUCUGGCAUCCAUAGAUAAGCCCCACAAUGCUUAGGACCUGCUCCCGAGUUUACAAAAUGACCCCUCGCUUAGUGUCACAUUUCAAGAUCGUUCAUCAUACUAUCAAAUGAUGCAAGUCUUUACUCAAACCACGAGGAGUUCUAAAAAGAGCAAGCCUGACACUCGCGAGCAGUCCAGUAAUCUAACAACAAUCCUCGAACGAAAUAAAGAACCACUUCAUAAG